AUGACAUCAAUGGUUGUGACAAUUGAAGACAUUUUGGAUCAAUUGUGGAGUGAAAACAAACGACUUCUCAAAGAGUUAUUGUUUGCCAACAAAUGUCUGAAUAUUUUGGAUGAAUUGAAAUCAGAAUUGAAUUUAAUUUACAAGAAAUUUGAAACACAACUGAACACUGAAGACAAGUUCAACCAAUUGAGAGAUCAAUUGAAUAAUAUUUGCGAUCAAAGACAUGAUAAAGAUUUUGCAGAAACUAAUCGGAAAACAUGUUAUAUAAGCGAUACAAAUGAUACAAAAGUUGUGGAUAAGUCUGAUUCAGAAGAUAUACAAGAAGUUGUUAACAAUAAUCAAGUCAUUGAUAACCACAAAGAUGUUAUUGUUGUCCAAAGAUUAACUGAUACAGUGAUCAAUAGUAGUAGUAGUAGUAGCGACCAACAAAGUGUUAAACUCUUACCUCCGAUGAAACCGCAGCCAUCAGUUAGUCGCGAUAAUCUCAAAAUUGCUGAUAAAUGUAUAAACAAUAAAGUGAUUACAAGUAAAGAUUGCUUUGACUCGACAACCAAUUCAUAUAUUUGUCGGCAAAAUAAUUGUAACAAAUCUAUCAAAAAUUUGAAAAUAUUUUUGUCGCACCAAAAGAUAUGUAAACCCAUUGAAAAGAUUCAAAAAAAGAAACUGAUUUUUGAUAAAAAUAGUGGAAAAUAUAAAUGUCGUUACGACGGCUGCGAUAAGAAAUAUUGUGGAAAAGGUAGUCUACGGUCACACGAGAGGAUAUAUCACGAAAGGGAUACAACAAAGUGGUUGUAUUGUCAGUACAGUGACUGUCAGUUUCAAUGUCUUAGCGAAUACCCAAUGAAAUUACAUCUCAAUGGCAAACAUUCGGACGUUAAGACAUUUGUCUGUUCCUACAGUGGAUGUUAUAAAACUUUCAAAACAAAGAAGUGUUUACAAAUACAUUCACAUAUUCACACAAAUACUGUACAUAAAUGUGAUGUCGAUGGCUGUGAAAGAAAGUUCAGUCAAAAAAAUAAGUUGACGAGACAUAUGGCCGAACAUAAGAACGAACCGACACUUAAGUGUCCAAUAAAGGGAUGUCUGGAUAAGUUCUUCAAUGAUAAAGAGAUAUUCAGACAUCGGAGGAAAGUCCACAAUAUAAUGAAUCGGAAAGAUAUUAAACGCAGAUGUGAUUGGCCCGGAUGUGAUUGGAUCGGCUUUGGUCUAAGUUUUCAUAAAAGACAACAUUUGGGAGAAAAACCAUUUGUCUGCGAUUGGCCUCAAUGUGACAAACGGUUUAUAACAUCGGGAAAUCUUAAGAACCAUUUGAAUGUUCACAACAAUGUUAAACCAUAUGUAUGUCUUUGGCCCGGAUGUGACUACCGGUGCGCUAAUGGGGGUAAUAUUAUUACACAUAGAAAAAGAGUACACGAAAAGAAGUUAUGA